GUACUUCAUAUCUUUAGACAAGGGAUAGUUAGGCGUAAUUCGACCGAUGAGUGAAAAUGGAACCGGCAAGAGUAUCCGGCAACAACACGAUAACGUUUGUAAUUAAUGGAAUAUCAUAUUCGGUAUCCGAUGAUAGUAUACCCGCCGACACGACCCUCCUUGUCUUCAUCCGCGAAUAUGCGAAAUUUCGAGGCACAAAAGCGAUGUGUCAUGCAGGUGAUUGCGGUGCUUGUGUCGUAAGUGUAACAUUCAAGGACAAAACGAUAGCCGUAAAUUCCUGUCUUGUAUUGGUAUUAACCUGUGACAG